AUGCUCGAAGUCUGGGGUCGCCGAGACUCCUCCAAUGUCCAGGCCGUGAUGUGGUGCAUUGCCGAGCUUAACCUCCCCUACAAACGCCACGACGUCGGCCACCGCUUCGGCGGCAACGACACGCCCGAGUUCCUCGCCAUGAACCCGAACGGCCGGAUCCCCGUCCUGCGCGACGGUGACAGCGAGCCCUUAUGGGAAAGCGGAGCCAUCAACCGGUACCUAGCGUCCGCCUACGGGUCCGACGAGUUCUGGCCCAAGGACCCACGGGCGCGCGCGCAGGUCGACAAAUGGGCCGAAUGGGCCAAGGUGACCUUCACCCCGGCGUUCUCGCUGCCCAUCUUCUGGCAACUUGUGCGGACGCCCCCGUCAAAGCGGGAUCCGGUCGCGAUCCGCGAGGCGGUCGCCCGGCUCGAUCCCAUUCUGGAUAUCGCGGAGGCGCAGCUGGCGCGGCAUAAGUUUCUGGCAGGGGAGGCGUUUACCCUGGCGGAUGUGCAGUUCGGGCAUCUGCUGUUUCGGUACUUUGAUAUUGACAUUGAGAGGAAGGAGAGGCCGAGUCUGCAGAGGAACAUGCCCGACCAGCUGUUGGAAUACAUAGAUCUCUGGAUCGUUUCACUUGCAUGA